AUGCAACACAGGAACUCUAAUGACGCACAUGCAUGGCUACGCAAAACGUAAACAAUCUGUCACAACCAAGUUUUUAGGACACUGAAUUACCACAUUUUUACCACAGAUUUUAUAUUUUCAUUAUAUAUGGUUUGCCAAUAGAAUAAUGGGAAGCGGAGUCAGUACCCCAAAGACCCCAGGUGGGUCUGCUUUGCCACUAGAACUACCUAGUCUGAAAAUAGCUCUUGUUGGUGAUCCAGGUGUUGGUAAGACAAGUGUUCUAUUGCGAUACCUCAGGAACCAAUUCAGCCCACUGUAUGUACCAACAAAAAAAGUAGCUAUAGAGAAUGUUGUUCGGAAGUUAAAUGUACCUGCCCACACUGUGGUGUCCAUGACUUUCUGGGACAUUCCUGGAAGAGAAGACAUGGAUCUUCAUAAAUCGUACUUUAGAAACCUAGAUGCUGCCAUAGUGGUAGUUGACCUGACCAACAAAGCUACUAUAGACAUGGCAAAUGUUUGGAAACAAACUGUUCUCAACAAACUGACAAGGCUGGUUCCUACAGAAAUCAGUAACAAUGGGGAACAAUUGCAAGAGGUUCCAGUGAGUCCUGUCAACUUCCCAGUACUGCUUCUUGGCAAUAAGUUUGAUAUUAUAGAAGAGGAAAUAUACCAUGAUCUUGCCAACAGACAAGUAUCUGCAAGUUUGGAUGUAAAUGGUGAAAUUGAAUUAAGACACGGCUCAGUAGCCCAUUUAGAGAGUGUGGCUGAACAACACAACUUUAUUGGAAGUGUUGCAGUGUCAGCUAAACAGUCAGACAAUUCUGUUACAAUGGCAAUACAAUCAAUGGUCCGCAAUAUUCUUGAGAAACGUAACAUUCCACGAAAAUGGAAGGCUGUACCAGAAAAAGUGAAGCCACCUAAGAAAGACAGACCGUUCAUAUAUGACAAGCUGGAGAAAACUGACAUUGAAAAGGUGUUCCGAAUGUACAAGUACAAUAGGUUGGAAAUUGUUGGAUAUGAUAAGCAAGAUGAGGUUAUAGACAAAGCAGAUGGUGUAGUAAAGGAGACAGUUGUCCUCAGGCACUAUUUUACAGUGUCAUAUGCCAGAUUUCAACAUGCCUGUAAGAAAGGAAGUAUAGUGGCAGAGGAUGAGCCCAGUCUAGAGGAUUGUAUCUUUGGUUUGAAACAAGCAGCUAAGAAAGGCACUCACAUCAAGAUUUGUGAGGAGGAAGGGUUUGUCAAGAUUGGUGUUAGUUUUGAUGAUGACAAGGAGAUUAAACAAACAAAACCAUGGAAGCAAGCUUACAGGAUCUUUCACAAUGAGUAUGUUGCUGUAGGCAGGUCCAUCAUGAAGGAAGGGCCUAAAAUUGAAAUGGCGUUGGAGAAGUUUGAUAAUGCAAUGGAGAAAAUGCUACAAGAGUACACAGAGCAGCUUGAAUCAACCAAUGAGAAAAAAGAUAACAAAAAGAAGAUUGUGGCAGUGACCAAUAAGAUUAUCCGUAACAGAGCAAAGAUACAGCAUUCAAGAGAUGCAAUGAGGGAAGCAAUGAAAGAUGUAGAAAUGGCUGCUAAGAAAAUGAUGAGUGUUGAUCUAUGGUGAAAAAUUAGCAAAAAGGAAACACAACAGACUGUAUUCAUAGAAAAUGGAAUAUGGGACAUGCCGUCAAAUAGUUUUAUUUCAUGCUUUCCAGUGUUUUAUUGUAAUAUAUCAGAUAAUUGUAUUCUGAUAAACCACUAGUGAAAUUUAUAAAAUAUAAUUUUCACUGUAGCCGGACUAUCUCUGAAUGAGGAUGAAAAGAAAAUCAUAACUAAAUGGAAUAACACGCAGAAAUAAAUGCUGUCAUGCGUAAAUUUUGCUUCUUUAGGAAAAGAAAGUCGAUGUCACCAUACAUCAUAUUAAAAAUGUAACAAAAUUAGAGAAAUUUAACAGAACUAUAUUUCAAAAUUGAUAAUGUGACGUCAUGAUGUGAUGACGUCACAAAGGAGAAUGCGUGACGUUACGCGGCAAAAUCAGUAAAAAAUACUUAAAAUCACUUAAAAAGCAUGAAAUAAAAAGAAAAUUUAUUUGUUUUACAUAUAAGAUUGAAAUAUAUUUCAUUCGUGAACACCAGCUAUUAUAUUUUCACUCGUGGCUACGCCACUUGUGAAAAUAUUGCAACUGAUGUUCACUCAGUGAAAUUAUAUUUCAAUCUUGCAUGCAAAACAAACAAAUAUCCUCUAUAAGGUUACUGGUUGGGGUAUGUAUCACAUGUAGUUAUAGAUCUAGUUUUUGCUGCUGUCAUUCAAAGGAUGAAUCAUUCUGCUGAAUUUUUAACCCUUUUCCGCGUAGCGGAAAGGCGAUUAUAGAAAUGGCCUCCGUUUGUCCGUCCAUCUGUCUGUCCAUUAGUAACCGUUUUGUGUCUGCUCCAUAACUUUAAACCACUGAAAAAUUUUUUAAAUAUUUUUGCACAAGUGAUUGCCAUAAUGAGAAGAUGUGCAGAGUGCAAUAAUUGGGUUGCUGCACCCAAGGUCACACUUAAUGGUCAAAUGUAUAAAAGUCUACAUUUCGUGUCCCCUCCAUAACUUUUAAACCUCUGAAAUCUUUAUACCAUCGCACAACAAAGUUGUAAUGGGGGGGGGGGGUAUACUGGAAUCAGCAAGUUCGUCCAGACGUCCAGCCUUCCGUCUGUUUUACCUUGUCGGCCCAAUAACUUAAGAUGACCCACUGUCUUCAUAUUUGGCAUUUAGAUUGAUCAUGAUUAGUAGAUGAUCCCUAUUGAUUUUGGGAUCACCAGGUCAAAGGUCAAGGUCACAGGGGCCUUGACUAAAAAAAGCUUGUUCGCCCAAUAACUUUGACCCACAGUCUUCAUAUUUGGCAUGGAGGUUAGCCAUGACCAUUAGAUGACCCCUAUUGAUUUUGGGGUCAAAGGUCAAAAUCAGACGGGCCUUGACUUAAAAAAGCUUGUCCUCCCAAUAACUUAAGAUUCCUUUUACCCACUGUCUCCAUAUUUGGCAUAAAGGUUAGUCAUGAUUAUUAGAUGACCUCUAUUGAUUUUGAGGUCAAAGGUCAAGGUCAGAAGGGUGGUCACUAAAAAAUGCUUGUCUGCCUAUUAACUUAAGAAUCCUUUGACCCACAUUCUUCAUAUUUGGCAUGGAGGUUAGUCAUGAUUAUUAGAUGAACCCUAUAGAUUUUGAGGUCACUGGGUCAAAGAUCAAGGUCACAGGGGCCGUUAGUUCAAAAAGCUUCUCCGCUCAAUUGCUUAAGAAUGCUUUUGUCAACAGUCUUCAUAUUUGGCAUUGAGGUUGGUUAUGACUAGUGAAUGACCCCUAUUGAUUUUGAAGUCACAAUGUCAUAGGUCAAAGUCAGAAGGGCCCAGACUAAAAAAGCUUGUCAGCUCAAUAACUUAAGAAUCCUUUUACCCAAAGUCUUUAUAUUUGGCAUGAAGGUUAGUCAUGACCAUUAGAUGACCUGUAUAAAGUUUGAGGUCACUGGGUCAAAGGUCUUGGUCACAGGGGCCUUAACAACAAAAGUUUGUCUGCCCAAUAACAUUUUGACUUUAUGGAAGAUUGUAAAUAACUUGGUACAAAUUAUCACCAUCAUUAGACUAUGUGUUUAUGAUAUGCAUGGCACAACAUCAAGGUCAUGGUUGGUAAAAGGUCAAGAAUUGCACAUUCAUGUUCACUGCGGAAAGGGAUUAAGCUGUCAUUCAGACUGCCUAUGAACAGGAUUAUGAAUAAUGAUUUUCUUAAAACAUUUUAACAUAACUCUUAGGCAUGUCCCUUUGUUGGUUUUAAAUGCACUAUGUAACUUGUUUAGCAUUUUAAUGAUUAUCCCCUGCCGAUGGAAUCGGGAGGGGGAUAUAGUUUUGGCGUUGUCCGUCCGUCCUUCCGUCCGUCCGAAUUUCGUUUCCGGAGUAGUUCUCUGCAACUAAUGGCUGGAAUUCAACGAAACUUUAUGGGAAUGUUGAUCAGCAUGUGAAGUUGUGCACCUGGGUAUUUUCGUCUGGAUAUUUUUAGUAUUUUUAGAGUUAUUGCCCUUGACUCAGUAAAAUUUUGUCCGAAUUUCGUUUCCGGAGUAGUUCUCUGCAACUAAUGGCUGGAAUUCAACGAAACUUUAUGGGAAUGUUGAUCAGCAUGUGAAGUUGUGCACCUGGGUAUUUUCGUCUGGAUAUUUUUAGUAUUUUUAGAGUUAUUGCCCUUGACUUAGUAAAAUUUUGUAAUUUUCAACUUGUGUCGCAUGUAACUCAAAAGGUAUUUGACCUAGAGUCAUGCAACUUUACAGGAAUGUUGAUCAGUAUGUGUAGUUGUGCACCUGGGUAUUUUCGUCCGGAUAUUUUAAGUAUUUUUAGAGUUAUUGCCCUUGACUUAGUAAAAUUUUGCAAUUUUCAACUUGUGUCGCAUGUAACUCAAAAAGUAUUUGACCUAGAGUCAUGAUAAUUUACAGGAAUGUUGAUCAGCAUGUGUAGUUGUGCACCUGGAUAUAUAGUAUUUUUAGAGUUAUUGCCCUUGACUUAGAAAGUGUGUCGCAUGUAACUCAAAAAGGAUUUGACAUAGAGUCAUUAAACCUUAUUGGAAAGUUGCUCAGCAUAUUAAGUUUGUUCCUGGGGUUUCGCUUGUGGAUUUAUCCAGUAUUUGUAGAGUUAUUUCCCUUGACUUAGUAAAAACUGUUUCAUUAUGUUGUUAUUUGAUCCUUGAGUGCUUGAGUUAGAAUCGACCAACUUUACAGGAAUAAUGAUCAACAUCACUAAAUUACAGGAAUAAUGAUUCACCUCACUGUGAAGCUAUGAACCUGGGACUUUGCAUGUGGAUUUUUUUCAGUUUUGUUAGAGUUAUUGCCCUUGAAUUACAGUAGUAUAAAUUUGCAAUUUUCAACUUGGGGUUUGCUUGGGGAUUUAUUCAGUAUUUGUAAAGUUCUUGCCCUUUACUUAGUAAAAAGAUUUUUAGUUUUCAAAAAAUAUUUGACCUAGAGUCAUAAGAUUGACAGAACAGUGGCGCGGUGGGGGCACCCGUGUCCUAUGGACACAUAAUAUUCUAGUUUUUAUUAAAGAAGAAUUAAAAUGAUUUGUUACAAUAACAUUUAAAAAUAUUUGAAAAUUGUGAGAUCCCUUCUUGAUGCCUUGAAAAUGGCAAUGAAGUCUGGAGAUUAAGAUGUUUUUACAUCUAGGUGAGCUAUUGUGAUCCCCCACCGUCCGUCGUCGUGCGUCGUCAGCAAUUUCUAUAAACAACAUCUCCUCAGAAACAAAUGACUGCACAGCAACCAAACUUUACAGGAAUGAUCCUAGGGUGGUCCCCUGCCAAAGUUGAUCAAAUGGUUCCGGUCUGUUGCAUAAGUGCUCACAGGGCCAGAAAAAGAGUUUCAAAAAUGCAAAAUUAAAAAAUCUUGUCUGAAAGUACAAGGCCUAGAGCUUUGAUAUUUGGUAUAUGAUAUAACCUAUAGGUCCUCUACCAAAAUUGUUCAAAUUUUAGCCCUGGGGUCAAAAUUGGCCCCACUCCAGGGGGUCAUAGAUUUUCCUUAUAUGUAUAUAGUGAAAACUUAAAAAUUCUUCUUGUUUGAAGGUAGAAGGCUUCAAGUUCAAAGAAUAUUACAGUUUAUGCCAUGAUAAAUAUAUAAAUAAAGCCUUAUGCCUUCAGUUGUUGUGUUAAUAAUAACCAGUACUCGGCGGGGGAUAUAAAUUCAACGAAUUUGCUUGUUGACAUUUAAUCUGUUAAGACAAUCUUGUAUCUAUUUUAUGUUUUGUUUUUUGAAAUUUUCAAAAGCAGUUUUAUUAGAUAUUGUAAGACCUAUGUACCAUUAAAGAUUACCAAUUUAAGCAUUUAUACUAAGUUUUUUUAUGCCCCCAAAGGGAGGCAUAUUAACGCAUAUUAAAAUUGCACUGUCCGUCUGUCUGUCCAUCUGUCUGUCCAUUCAUCUGUGCGUUCCCACUUCAUUCGUGUCCGGACUUUAACUUUGUCAUACAGAGGGAUUUUGAAAUAACUUGGCACAAAUGUCUACCACAUCAAGAUGAUGUGUUGCGUCCAAGAACCACAUCCCUACCUCAAAGGUCAAGGUCACUCUAUCAUUUUGAAGUUCACUUUAUUACAAUUAGUAUUCAUAGGUACACACAUUUGUGUCCGGACUGUAACAUUGUCAUGCAUUGAAGGAUUUUAUAAUAACUAGGCAUAAAUGUCUACCCCUUCAAGACGACAUGUCACAACUAAGACCCAUGUUCCUACCUUCAAGGUCAAGGUGACACUUAUAGCUUGAAGGUUCUCAUUCUCUCAAGAGAGCUUGAAGAUACACUUUCAUGUCCCGACUGUUACUUUGUCAUGCAUGGAAGGAUUUUAACACAAUUUGGCACAAAUGUCUACCACAUCAAGACAAUGUGUCACGGCUAAGGCUCAUGUACGUUUGUCUGUCCAUGUGCCCCCACUUAGACAACAAUCAUGUCCAGACUGUAAAUUUGUCAUGCAUUGAGGGAUUUUGAAAUAACUUGGCACAAAUGUCUAUCUCAUGACAAUUAACAUUCUGUUGCAACCAAGAUCCACGUCCUUUCUUCAAAGGUCAAGGUCACACUUAUAUUUUGAUGGUUCAGGCUAUCACAAUUAGAGAUUAUAAUAAUGUACAAUAAUACAAAGAACAAUAUUAAGCAAUUAGUUACUUUCAUUCUCUUUUCUUUUCAUAAUACUUGCAUGCUUAAGAAACCUUUUUGGGGGCAUUCGUCACUUGUGUGACAGGUCUUGUGUGUAACAAAUUUGUUGGUAUGAUCAGAAAUAAGGAGAUUAUGUAUGUAAAUAUUUUUCUUUUAUUUGAUUAUUUCAUUUUGAUUUGAAACUGUUCCUUAUUGAUAUUUUAUGUAAGAUUAUCCGGCAUUAGAGAUAAUUCAGCAUUAAAGAUAAAUGUUUAAAUAUUGUUAUAACUAAAGAGGUAUCUGGUUAAAAUACCAUGUCCAAACAGACAACUUGAUAUAUGUUCUAUUGAUUUAUUUCAUUAAGUGCAAAAUAAAAUUUGUUUCCCAGUAUUUUUUGCAUUUGAACAUUGAUCUGAAAAUGCUAGCUUUUAUUAUACCUUGUGUGGAAGUUAACUGACAUCUUCGAUUAUCAAAGUAUAAAGUCUCACACAUGGCUUAUUUUAUAUUUUUCAUUAUAAUUCUCAUUAUAUCUAAUAAAAAGAAUCAUUAUUUUCUGCUUUUAACAAACACAAUGUUAUUUAUUCAUUUGGUACUCCAAAUUUAAUGUAAUCAUGUUAACCAAAUAAUUAAAGAUAAUUUUACAAAUGUGAAUAUUUUUUGUGUUUUAAUCAAUGAAAGAUCUUGUUGUUUUUUUCAUUCACUUUAUUUGUUGUUGUUUUCUCAUUUUGCAACAGGAUUUCUUUUUUUUUAGCACUAAGAACAAACUUUUUUACAGCAUUUUUACAGCAAUCGGAUGUAUUUGUUGUUUUGUAUUGUUCUGCAUGUUUACAUUAUUGUAAGUUUAGGAUGAUUGUUUAUACUUGUUAAAAAAUCAUUGUAUUUUCAGACAUGCUCUUAUUUUAAUGUGAUUUUUAAUAACAAAAAGCAAUGGCACUUUUUUUGUCAAUGAAAAUUUUCCAUUUGUGCUUGCAUUAAUUUUCUGUAGAAUGGACAAUGAUAAACAAUCAGUGAAUUUUAUAGUGUGACAAAUGUUGCAUUAAUCUAAAUGUCAAAUAAA